UUCCCCCCCCUCAAAAAAAAAAAAUCCAAAAUAUAACCACCUCCCCCCCCAAAAAAAAAACCAUCCUAUGAAGAAAAACGUUUCCAAAUAGACAUGACGAUGACUACUCCACCCUACGCCCAGCCUCUAGGUUACCAGCAAACCGCCCAGUACAAUGCCCCGAGCUACGGAUUCCCGCCCAUGUACCCCCAAGGCUCCUAUGGGUAUCACAUGGGCCCCUAUGCCCCGGUGCAGUGCCCUUCGCCCCCAAGGGAUGAUGCAUGGUACAAACAUUACAAACACGAACUGGACGGCGUGCGAGUCAACGGCAAGGGGAAGAAGAUGCGCAAACCACGCACGAUCUAUUCCUCGUUGCAAUUGCAGCAUCUCAACAAAAUCUUUCAAAGGACGCAGUAUCUCUCCUUGCCCGAGCGCGCAGAACUGGCCGCUUCCUUGGGACUCACGCAGACACAG